AUGCUAGGGCCAUCCACCAGUGACCCAUCGGUGACCAAGGCCAAAGAAAAAGGGCUGACAGGUCCGCCUGGCAUUGCUGGACCCUCAGGACCAAAGGGAGAACCAGGGUCACAGGGACGGCCCGGUUCUGCUGGACCACCGGGACGUUUCAUCACCGGACCCAAGGGCGAUCCUGGACCAGGUGGACCUCCUGGUCCAAUCGGCGAGACUGGCUUUGGACUGCCUGGCCCAAAGGGCGAUCGAGGUGACUCGGGCCCCGCAGGUCCAUUUGGCCCCAAAGGAGACGGCUAUCCCGGCCCCAUGGGUCCUCCUGGUCUGCCGGGGCUUCCUGGAGAACCCGGGUCAGAGGGCGUGGGCAUCCCAGGACCAAAGGUGAGAAAAUUUCAGAAUCAGAGAGAAACAAACAACCUUCCUUUAUGACUCCUGGACCCCAAA